AUGGGAACCGAUACUUUUAAGGAGCUUAUAAAUAACAUAGCCAACAAAAACAUGGCCUAUAACUCUCCAAUCUCCACAGAGUCUAUAGCUAUAUUCAACAUUUUUCAUGAUCCUUGGAAAAAGAGAGAUGGCACAGCCAUAUCCGUCCCCGUCAAGAGAGAUGUUGGAAUGAAGAAGAAGAAUAAAUAUUGCUUGAUGCUCACAAAGUUUCUGGUACCAAAUGGAUUGAAAUUGCCCAGCAACUUUAACGCCACAAAGCGUCAGAUCAUGCAAACUAAGAAAAAUGAUGAAAAUGCAAACCCGCCCAUCCUUGAAAACUAUCCAGACGAUGCCACAAUCAACAACAAGCCUUCCAAAACAGUUGAAGUCAUUAGUAUAACCAAAAACACUAUGGGUAAUGAUGAA